CAUCAACGGCGCACUGUAUAUAAGAACCGCAACUCCGCAUGCGCUCGGCGACGGUUGUUGUUUUUUCGUUGGCGAGAGGAUGUCGCGCUAUAGCCGUUAUGGUGGCGAAACAAAAGUGUAUGUUGGUAACUUAGGAACAGGCGCUGGUAAAGGAGAACUUGAAAGAGCUUUCAGCUACUAUGGGCCAUUACGUACAGUGUGGAUUGCACGAAACCCUCCUGGAUUUGCAUUUGUUGAGUUUGAAGACCCAAGAGAUGCUGAAGACGCUGUUCGUGGUCUAGAUGGAAAGGUAAUCUGUGGUUCCAGGGUUCGAGUGGAGUUAUCAACUGGUAUGCCUCGUAGGUCUCGCUAUGAUAGACCCCCAGCACGGCGACCAUUUGAUCCUAAUGAUAGAUGUUAUGAAUGUGGUGAGAAAGGUCAUUAUGCUUAUGACUGUCAUCGCUACAGUCGUCGGAGAAGAAGCAGGUCACGGUCUCGGUCUCAUUCAAGGUCCAGAGGAAGAAGAUAUUCUCGCUCACGCAGCCGCAGUCGUGGCAGGAGAUCCAGGUCUAUCUCAGCUCGCAGAUCUAGAUCGCUGUCUCCUCGUAGAUCUAGAUCUAUUUCGCCACGUAGAUCCCGUUCAGGUUCUUUAAAGAGAUCAAGGUAAUUUGGCUAGUAUUUAUGAUUGCGAAAUAGACACUUCUUAGUUUUUGACUGCUGUAAUACUGUAUGUGUGCAUUAAUUAAAUCAGGCCAGCAGCUAUCAGUAUUGUGAAUUUUACCAGACUCAGUAUUAGGAACAUAAUUGCAGUUAGCCCUUGUUAUCUGUGGUUUCAUAUAUUUAUAAUUGCGAAAUAAACUAAACUUAAUAGAAGCAGAGGUUUUAGCAUCUCUCUUUCUCUGGUUUUUGUUAUUUUAUAUGUAAAGUAGUGGAAGAUCUUUUUUGCAUGUGUGCAAAAUGCAUUUAUUAAGGACUAAAUCAUCUGUGUAGUGUUCCUCUACUCUCAUUGCAGUGUCAUGAUGAAUCUCUGGCUCAGCCAAGUAUAAGACUGAAUGGCAGCUGGCUUUUGGAGUAGUUUGGCUGGUGACUGAGAGGUCUUGCUGUACAUAGCUCAUACUGGCUUUCCUGCUUUGGGGUGCUCUUAGGUCACACUGCUGAACUGUACUCUUCCUCACAGAUUGUUUAUUAUGAUAGAGCUGCAGGUGCUCUGGAGAUUGGUAGCAUCCACUGGCACAAUUGAGAGAUCACCAUCAGUAGUUGCAGUAGCACUAGCAUCCAGUGGUAUGAGUGAGAGGCCUCUCCACUGAUACAGUGAAAGAGAGGAUAAAAGUGAGCAUCAGUGGAAAAAGUCCAUCACCAGUUGAACCAGUUACUUUGAAGAAAGCAAGCCACAUGAAACCUUGCAACUAGACUGACCCAGUGAGAUCUGCUGUGACUGAGUGAGGAAGAACAAAUACUGUUGUGCUACCAAAUGACUGCUGGGGGAGGAAAUACUUGUGGAAAGGAGGAUAACUCUCUGUCACAUAGUUUAUAGAUUUGGAGUCUUAUAAUUUGCAGUUUUCUGCUGUUUUAAACUGA